UGACGAUGGGAUACCAUGCAAUAGAUUGUUGUCAUCAGACUUUUAUAAUAGACGAAAAAUAUACACUUGUUAAAGCUAUUGGGCAAGGUGCUUAUGGCACAGUUUGUGCUGUUCUGAAUACACAGAAUGGACAGAAAUGUGCUAUUAAAAAGAUCCAUAAAUUAUUUGAGCGACCCAUAUUGACCAAAAGAGCCUUAAGAGAACUCAAAUUACUUCAACAUUUUAAUGGACAUAAAAAUAUUGUUCGUUUGUUAGAUAUGGACAUCGUAGACUAUGAAGAUUUCAAUGAACUGUAUUUGUAUCAAGAACUAAUGGAAGCAGAUUUACAUCAAAUCAUUCGUUCAGGACAACCAUUGACUGAUGAACACUGUCAAAGUUUUAUUUAUCAAGCCUGUUGUGGAUUAAAAUACAUUCAUAGUGCUAAUGUAUUACAUCGGGAUUUAAAACCAUCGAAUUUGCUAGUGAAUGCCAAAUGUGAAUUAAAGAUUUGUGAUUUUGGAUUAGCCCGUGGUUAUGUGGAUAGUGGACAGGGAGAUACAGGGUUUAUGACUGAAUAUGUAGCUACAAGAUGGUAUCGAGCACCUGAAAUCAUGCUUUCCUUUAAGAAUUAUACAAAAGCAAUUGAUAUGUGGUCUUUGGGAUGUAUUUUUGCAGAAUUAUUAGGCAGUAAACCACUGUUUAAAGGAAGAGACUUUGUCGAUCAGUUGAAUCAAAUCUUAUAUAUAUUGGGUACACCAGAUGAUGCUACUCUAAAUCGUAUUGGAAGUGAACGCGCACAAACAUACAUUAAAAGUUUGGCCAUAUUCACUAAAAUACCAACUCAAAAACUAUAUCCCAAUGCGAGUUCACAAGCUCUUGAUUUGCUAGAGAAACUAUUGACAUUAGAUCCAAUGGCUCGUAUUGAUGCUCAUACAGCACUUGAACAUCCUUAUGUUGAACUCUUUCAUGAUCCACUGGAUGAACCCUCGCAUGAUAUUAGUGUGGAUUUCUCAUUCGAAUCUCCUACACAUACUUUGGAAGAUAUGAAGGCCAUCUUAAUAGAUGAAGUCAAGAUGUUUAAAGCAAGAAGACACAGUCUGAUAAUAGACAUGAGAGGUUUAUUAAAAAGACAUAACAGUAUUUCUACACCUACUAUGUCUAAAAAGAUGCGAUAUUCUGAACAAGAAGGUUAUGCAGAUCAAUUAGUUACUCAUCCUAGUGAAGCAGAUUCAAAUCUUGAGCGAGAUUUAAGCGGAGGUGUUGUUGUGUAAAGCAAGGGGGCAGUAAAAAAAAAAAAUGCAUUUUCCCCACUGAAAUAAUUUUUUUUCUCUUUUUUCUUUUUAUAUUUUGUGA